GCCAGUUGGGAGAGCGUCUGUGGCUUCCUUGUGUCCGGCCGACAGCUGCAGCCUCGGGAGCCAGACGCAGAAACGGAAGAUGACCACUCUGUGACUGAAGGGCCUGCGGACGAGGUCAUUCGACCACGGCCACAGGGGUCAUCACCUGUCUACGAAUACUCGACUGAGGCUGCUGACUUUGGACUCCAGGAAGACGCCCCCGGCAGGCAAGGUUCCUCUGGGAGACGAAGGUCCUGGUGGAAGCGGGAUUCAGGGGACUCACGGACAUUUUUCAGGAUGAGUCGUCCAGAGUCUGUGCGGGAGGCAACAGAGGUGACACUGAAGACCGAGGUGGAGAUAGGAGCCAGUGGCUAUAGUGUCACAGGCGGUGGGGAUCAGGGGAUCUUUGUCAAGCAAGUACUGAAGGACUCCUCAGCCGCCAAGCUUUUCAACUUGAGAGAAGGAGAUCAGCUGCUCAGUGCAACCGUGUUCUUCGACAAUAUAAAAUAUGAAGAUGCUCUCAAGAUCCUACAGUACUCAGAGCCGUACAGGGUUCAGUUCAAAAUCAGACGGCAGCUCCCUGCCCCACAGGAUGAAGAGUGGGCUUCCAGCGAUGCCCAGCAUGGCCCACAGGGCAAGGAGAAGGAGGACAUGGAUGUUGCUGAUGGGUGCAGAGAGACCCCCACGAAAAUUCUGGAAACAGAUGGGGACCAAGAGAGACUCAUCUCCAAACCUAGGGUGGGGAGAGGCAGGCGGCCCCAGAGGGAAAGGCUCUCUUGGCCGAAAUUUCAGUCCAUAAAGAGCAAGCGGGGGCCAGGGCCCCAGAGGUCACAUAGCUCCUCAGAGGCCUAUGAGCGCAGGGACACACAUGACGUGUCCCCCACAAGCACAGACACAGAGGCCCAGCUCGUGGUGGAGCGCCAAGAGCAGAAGGCAGGGCCAGGCAGCCAGAGGAGGCGGAAGUUUCUCAACCUGAGAUUCCGGACAGGCUCCGGAGCGGGCCCUUCAGUGACAGGACAGUCAGGCAGGGGGUCCCAGAGUGGGGUGGGCCGUGCUGGGAUCCUGGAAGAAUUAGGACCCUGGGGUGAUAGCGUCAAGGAUGCUGGGGCUGUCACAGGCAGUGGGAGAGAGGAGAGAGCAGAACAGGAUCGAGAGGUGACGCCUGUGGAGUGGCCCCCAGAGCUCGGUGACCCUACCAUUUGCAAGGGAACCCCUGAGGAGGGGGCACCCGGGGCAGCCAGGCGCCACAGAAAGACCCUGGAGGGGCAGGCACGAGAGGCAGCAGUGACCCAUAGGAAGCCCAGAACCCAGCAAACUCCUGAAAUAAGUGAGGAGGGUGAAGGUGAGGGUCUGCAGAGCCUGGAGAUUGGGAUUGCCAGAAUGACCUUGAGAGACAAAACUCAAGGAGGCACCCAGAGUGGCCCACCUGAAAUUAGGGUGCGAAUACACGAUUUAAAGACGCCAAAAUUUGCAUUUUCCACAGAAAAAGAGCCAGAAAGAGAAAGACACCUUAGUGCGGCACAGAGAGGAAAGAGACAGGACUUGCCUUCAAAAGAGGGUACCAGCCCGAAGGGUGAGGAGGGGCAAGGAGCAGGGUGGGUGCCGGGGAUGGAACACCCCCCACAUAUAGAAGCACAGCAGGGUGAAGGAGACGGGCAGGAAGGACUCCAGAGGACAGGAAUCACUCAGGGACAGGAGAAAGAUGGGGAAGACACAGAAGGAAAGAUGAGAAUGCCCAAAUUCAAGAUACCCUCUUUUGGAUGGUCACCAAGUAAGGAAACAAAGACAGGGAGAGAAAAAACCACACAGGACCUAGAGCAGGGAAGAACAGGAGACGCAAUAGCGACAGAUGCCAGAAGAGAAUUGACAGGCACAGAGGCAGGCCUCAGAGAAAAAGACGACAGGGACUCACUGAUGAACAAAACAAAAAUACAACUAAAACAUGACCAACAACGCUUAAAAACAGAAAAAAUUCUGAAAGACAAGGAUGUGGCCGCCGCCAAAGACAGCAAGUUCAAAAUGCCCAAGUUCAAGAUGCCGUCGUUCGGGGUGUCGGCCCCAGGCAAGUCCAUCGAGGCCUCAGUAGAUGUGUCUGUGCCAAAGGUGGAGGCCGAGGUGAGCCUCCCCUCCAUGCAGGGUGACCUCAAGACCACUGACCUCAGCAUUCAGCCUCUUUCUGCUGACCUGGAAGUCCAGGCUGGCCAGGUGGAUGUGAAGCUCCCAGAGGGCCACGUGUCCGAGGGAGCCAGCCUCAAAGGGCACCUGCCCAAGGUACAGAUGCCCAGCUUGAAGAUGCCCAAAGUGGACCUCAAGGGCUCCCAGGGGGAUGUCAAAGGCCCCAAACUGGACCUAAAAAGCCCCAAAGUGGAGGUGACUGCACCCGACAUGGAAGUGUCUCUGCCCAGCGUGGAGGUGGAUGUCCAGGCCCCUGGAGCCAAGCUGGACAGCGUGCAGCUGGAAGUGGACCUGUCCCUGGCCGACAAGGAUGUAGCCACCACCAAAGACAGCAAUUUCAAGAUGCCCAAGUUCAAGAUGCCAUCAUUUGGGAUGUCAGGCCCAGACAAGUCCAUCGAGACCUCGGUGGAGAUGCCUGCACCAAAGGUGGAGGCUGAGGUGAGCCUCCCCUCCAUGCAGGGGGACCUCAAGACCACAGACCUCAGCAUUCAGCCCCCUUGCGCCACACUAGAAGUCCAGGUUGGCCAGGUGGAUGCGAAGCUCCCAGAGGGCCAUGUGCCUGAGGGAGCCGGCCUCAAAGGACACCUGCCCAAGGUGCAGAUGCCCAGCUUCAAGAUGCCCAAAGUGGACCUCAAGGGCCCCCAGGUGGACAUCAAGGGCCCCAAGCUGGACAUGAAAGGCCCCAAGGCAGAGGUGAUGGUGCCUGACAUGGAGGUGUCUGUGCCCAGCGUGGAGAUGGACAUCCAGGCCCCGGGAGUCAAGCUGGAUGGCGCACGGCUAGAGGGGGACCUGUCCCUGGCCGACAAGGACAUAGCCACUGCCAAAGAAAGCAAGUUCAAGAUGCCCAAGUUCAAGAUGCCAUCAUUCGGGGUGGCUGCCCCAGGCAAGUCCAUCGAGGCAUCGGUGGACGUGUCUGUGCCAAAGGUGGAGGCCGAGGUGAGCCUCCCCUCCAUGCAGGGUGACCUCAAGACCACUGACCUCAGCAUGCAGCUUCCUUCCACCGAUGUGGAGGUCCAGGCUGGCCAGGUGGACUUGAAGCUCGCAGAGGGCCACGUGCCUGAGGGAGCUGGCCUCAAAGGGCACCUGCCCAAAGUGCAGAUGCCUAGCCUGAAGACAACCAAAGUGGACCUCAAGGGCCCCCAGGUGGAUGUCAAAUGCCCCAAGCUGGACCUGAAAGGCCCCAAGGCGGAGGUGACGGCCCCUGAUGUGGAGGUGUCUCUGCCCAGUGUGGAGGUGGACAUCCAGGCCCCAGGAGCCAAACUGGACGGCACGCGGCUAGAGGGGGACCUGUCCCUGGCUGACAAGGAUGUGGCUGCCGCCAAAGAAAGCAAGUUCAAGAUGCCCAAGUUCAAGAUGCCAUCGUUUGGGGUGUCAGCCCCAGGCAAGUCCAUCGAGGCUUCUAAGGACGUCUCUGUGCCGAAGGUGGAGGCUGAGGUGAGCCUCCCCUCCAUGCCGGGAGACCUGAAGACCAGUGACCUUGGCAUGCAGCUUCCUUCCGCCGACCUGGAGGUCCAGGCUGGAAAGUUGGACGUGAAGCUCCCCGAGGGCCACGUGCACGAUGGAGCCGGACUAAAGGGGCACCUGCCAAAGGUACAGAUGCCCAGCUUCAAGAUACCCAAAGUGGACCUAAAGGGCCCCGAGGUGGACAUCAAGGGCCCCAAACUGGAUGUGAAAGGCCCCAAGGCGGAGGUGAUGGCCCCCGACACGGAGGUGCCUCUGCCUAGUGUGGAAGUGGAUGUCCAGGCCCCGGGAAUCAAGCUGGAUGGUGCACAGCUGGAGGGGGACCUGUCCCUGGCUGAAAAGGACGUGGCCACCACCAGAGACAGCAAGUUCAAGAUGCCCAAGCUCAAGAUGCCAUCAUUCGGAGUGUUGGCCCCAGGCAAGUCCAUGGAGGCCUCUGCUGAUGUCUCUGCACCGAAGGUGGAGGCCGAGGUGAGCCUCCCCUCCAUGCCGGGGGACCUGAAGACCACUGACCUCAGCAUGCAGCUUCCUUCGGCCAACCUGGAGGUCCAGGCUCGCCAGGUGGACGUGAAGCUCCCGGAGGGCCACAUGCCCGAGGGAGCCAAACUCAAAGGGCCCCUGCCCAAGGUGCAGAUGGCCAGCUUCAAGAUGCCCAAAGUGGACCCCAGGGGCCCCCAGGUGGACAUCAAGGGCCCCAAAUUGGACCUGAAAGGCCUCAAGGAGGAGGUGAUGGCCCCCGACGUGGAGGUGUCUCUGCCCAGCGUGGAGGUGGACGUUCAGACCCCGGGAACCAAGCUGGAUGGCAUGCAGCUGGAGGGGGACCUAUCCUUGGCCGACAAGGAUGUGGCUGCCGCCAAAGACAGCAAGUUCAAGAUGCCCAAGUUCAAGAUGCCCAAAGUGGACCUCAAGGGCCCCCAGGUGGACGUCAAGGGCCCCAAGCUGGACCUGAAAGGCCCCAAGGCGGAGGUGACGGCCCCUGAUGUGGAGGUGUCUCUGCCCAGCGUGGAGGUGGACAUCCAGGCCCCGGGAGCCAAACUGGACGGCACGCGGCUAGAGGGGGACCUGUCCCUGGCUGACAAGGACGUGGCCGCCGCCAAAGAAAGCAAGUUCAAGAUGCCCAAGUUCAAGAUGCCAUCGUUUGGGGUGUCAGCCCCAGGCAAGUCCAUCGAGGCCUCUGUGGACGUCUCUGCGCCGAAGGUGGAGGCUGAGGUGAGCCUCCCCUCCAUGCCGGGGGACCUGAAGACCAGUGACCUUAGCAUGCAGCUUCCUUCUGCCGACCUGGAGGUCCAGGCUGGAAAGUUGGACGUGAAGCUACCGGAGGGCCAAGUGCACGAUGGAGCUGGACUAAAGGGGCACCUGCCAAAGGUACAGAUGCCCAGCUUCAAGAUGCCCAAAGUGGACCUAAAAAACCCCGAGGUGGACAUCAAGGGCCCCAAACUGGAUGUGAAAGGCCCCAAGGUGGAGGUGAUGGCCCCCGACAUAGAGGUGCCUCUGCCCAGUGUUGAGGUGGACGUCCAGGCCCUGGGAGUCAAGCUGGAUGGCGCGCAGCUGGAGGGGGACUUGUCCCUGACUGAAAAGGACGUGGCUGCCACUAGAGAUAGCAAGUUCAAGAUGCCCAAGCUCAAGAUGCCGUCAUUCGGAGUCUCGGCCCCAGGGAAGUCCAUGGAGGCCUCUGCUGAUGUCUCUGCACCGAAGAUGGUGGCCGAGGUGAGCCUCCCCUCCAUGCCAGGGGACCUGAAGACCACUGACCUCAGCAUGCAGCUUCCUUCUGCCGACCUGGAGGUCCAGGCUGGCCAGGUGGACGUGAAGCUCCCGGAGGGCCACGUGCCUGAGGGAGCCAAACUCAAAGGGCACCUGCCCAAGGUGCAGAUGCCCAGCUUCAAGAUGCCCAAAGUGGACCCCAAGGGCCCCCAGGUGAACAUCAAGGGCCCCAAACUGGACCUGAAAGGCCCCAAGGUGGAGGUGAUGGCCCCCGACGUGGAGGUUUCUCUGCCCAGCGUGGAGGUGGACGUUCAGACCCCGGGAGCCAAGCUGGACGGUGUGCAGCUGGCGGGGGACCUAUGCCUGGCUGACAAGGAUGUGGCUGAUGCCAAAGACAGCAAGUUCAAGAUGCCCAAGUUCAAGAUACCAUCAUUCGGAACGUUGGCCCCAGGCAAGUCCUUUGAGGCCUCGGUUGAUGUGUCUGCGCCGAAAGUGGAGGCCGAGGUGAGCCUCCCUUCCAUGCAGGGGGACCUCAAGACCACUGACCUCAGCAUUCAGCCCUCUACUGCCAACCUAGAGGUCCAGGCUGGCCAAGUGGACGUUAAGCUCCCGGAGGGCCACGUGCCCGAGGGAGCCAAACUCAAAGGGCACCUGCCCAAGAUGCAGAUGCCCAGCUUUAAGAUGCCCAAAGUGGACCUCAAGGGCCCUCAGGUGGACGUCAAGGUCCCGAAGCUGGACCUGAAAGGCCCCAAGGCAGAGGUGACGGCCCCUGAUGUGGAGGUGUCUCUGCCCAGCGUGGAGGUGGACAUCCAGGCCCCGGGAGCCAAACUGGAUGGCACGUGGCUAGAGGGGGACCUGUCCCUGGCUGACCAGGACUUGGCCGCCACCAAAUACAGCAAGUUCAAGAUGCCCAAGUUCAAGAUGCCAUCGUUUGGGGUGUCAGCCCCAGGCAAGUCCAUCGAGGCCUCUGUGGAUGUCUCUGCGCCGAAGGUGGAGGCUGAGGUGAGCCUCCCCUCCAUGCCGGGGGACCUGAAGACCACUGACCUUAGCAUGCAGCUUCCUUCCACCGACCUGGAGGUCCAGGCUGUAAAUUUGGACCUGAAGCUCCCGGAGGGCCACGAGCCCGAUGGAGAUGGACUCAAGGGGCACCUGCCAAAGGUACAGAUGCCCAGCUUCAAGAUGCCCAAAGUGGACCUAAAGGGCCCCGAAGUGGACAUCAAGGGCCCCAAACUGGAUGGGAAAGGCCCCAAGGCGGAGGUGAUGGCCCCCGACACGGAGGUGCCUUUGCCUAGUGUGGAAGUGGAUGUCCAGGCCCCGGGAAUCAAGCUGGAUGGUGCACAGCUGGAGGGGGACCUGUCCCUGGCUGAAAAGGACGUGGCCACCACCAGAGACAGCAAGUUCAAGAUGCCUAAGCUCAGGAUGCCAUCAUUCGGAGUGUCGGCCCCAGGCAAGUCCAUGGAGGCCUCUGUUGAUGUCUCUGCACCGAAGGUGGAGGCCGAGGUGAGCCUCCCCUCCAUGCCGGGGGACCUGAAGACCACUGACCUCAGCAUGCAGCUUCCUUCGGCCAACCUGGAGGUCCAGGCUGGCCAGGUGGACGUGAAGCUCCCGGAGGGCCACGUGCCCGAGGGAGCCGAACUCAAAGGGCACCUGCCCAAGGUGCAGAUGCCCAGCUUCAAGAUACCCAAAGUGGACCUCAAGGGCCCCCAGGUGGACGUCAAGGGCCCAAAGCUGGACCUGAAAGGCCCCAAGGUGGAGGUGACGGCCCCUGAUGUGGAGGUGUCUCUGCCCAGCGUGGAGGUGGACAUCCAGGCCCCGGGAGCCAAGCUGGACAGCACGCGGCUAGAGGGGGACCUGUCCCUGGCUGACAAAGAUGUGACCGCCGUCAAAGAAAGCAAGUUCAAGAUGCCCAAGUUCAAGAUGCCAUCGUUUGGGGUGUCAGCCCCAGGCAAGUCCAUCGAGGCCUCUGUGGACGUCUCUGCGCCGAAGGUGGAGGCUGAGGUGAGCCUCCCCUCCAUGCCGGGGGACCUGAAGACCACUGACCUUAGCAUGCAGCUUCCUUCCACCGACCUGGAGGUCCAGGCCGGAAAGUUGGGCGUGAAGCUCCCGGAGGGCCACGUGCAUGAUGGAGCCGGACUAAAGGGGCACCUGCCAAAGGUACAGAUGCCCAGCUUCAAGAUACCCAAAGUGGACCUAAAGGGCCCCGAGGUGGACAUCAAGGGCCCCAAACUGGAUGUGAAAGGCCCCAAGGCGGAGGUGAUGGCCCCCGACACGGAGGUGCCUCUGCCUAGUGUGGAAGUGGAUGUCCAGGCCCCGGGAAUCAAGCUGGAUGGUGCACAGCUGGAGGGGGACCUGUCCCUGGCUGAAAAGGACGUGGCCGCCACCAGAGACAGCAAGUUCAAGAUGCCCAAGCUCAAGAUGCCAUCAUUCGGAGUGUCGGCCCCAGGCAAGUCCAUGGAGGCCUCUGCUGAUGUCUCUGCACCGAAGGUGGAGGCCGAGGUGAGCCUCCCCUCCAUGCCGGGGGACCUGAAGACCACUGACCUCAGCAUGCAGCUUCCUUCGGCCAACCUGGAGGUCCAGGCUCGCCAGGUGGACGUGAAGCUCCCGGAGGGCCACAUGCCCGAGGGAGCCAAACUCAAAGGGCCCCUGCCCAAGGUGCAGAUGGCCAGCUUCAAGAUGCCCAAAGUGGACCCCAGGGGCCCCCAGGUGGACAUCAAGGGCCCCAAACUGGACCUGAAAGGCCUCAAGGCAGAGGUGAUGGCCCCCAACAUGGAGGUGUCUCUGCCCAGCGUGGAGGUGGACGUUCAGACCCCGGGAACCAAGCUGGACAGUGUGCAGCUGGAGGGGGACCUAUCCUUGGCCGACAAGGAUGUGGCUGCCGCCAAAGACAGCAAGUUCAAGAUGCCCAAGUUCAAGAUGCCCAAAGUGGACCUCAAGGGCCCCCAGGUGGACGUCAAGGGCCCCAAGCUGGACCUGAAAGGCCCCAAGGCGGAGGUGACGGCCCCUGAUGUGGAGGUGUCUCUGCCCAGCGUGGAGGUGGACAUCCAGGCCCCGGGAGCCAAACUGGACGGCACGCGGCUAGAGGGGGACCUGUCCCUGGCUGACAAGGACGUGGCCGCUGCCAAAGAAAGCAAGUUCAAGAUGCCCAAGUUCAAGAUGCCAUCGUUUGGGGUGUCAGCCCCAGGCAAGUCCAUCGAGGCCUCUGUGGACGUCUCUGCGCCGAAGGUGGAGGCUGAGGUGAGCCUCCCCUCCAUGCCGGGGGACCUGAAGACCAGUGACCUUAGCAUGCAGCUUCCUUCCACCGACCUGGAGGUCCAGGCUGGAAAGUUGGACGUGAAGCUCCCAGAGGGCCACGUGCACGAUGGAGCCGGACUAAAGGGGCACCUGCCAAAGGUACAGAUGCCCAGCUUCAAGAUGCCCAAAGUGGACCUAAAGAGCCCCGAGGUGGACAUCAAGGGCCCCAAACUGGAUGUGAAAGGCCCCAAGGUGGAGGUGAUGGCCCCCAACACGGAGGUGCCUCUGCCUAGUGUGGAGGUGGACGUCCAGGCCCCGGGAGUCAAGCUGGAUGGUGUGCAGCUGGAGGGGGACCUGUCCCUGGCUGAAAAGGACGUGGCCGCCACCAGAGACAGCAAGUUCAAGAUGCCCAAGCUCAAGAUGCCAUCAUUCGGAGUGUCGGCCCCAGGCAAGUCCAUGGAGGCCUCUGUUGAUGUCUCUGCACCGAAGGUGGAGGCCGAGGUGAGCCUCCCCUCCAUGCCGGGGGACCUGAAGACCACUGACCUCAGCAUGCAGCUUCCUUCGGCCAACCUGGAGGUCCAGGCUGGCCAGGUGGACGUGAAGCUCCCGGAGGGCCACGUGCCCGAGGGAGCCGAACUCAAAGGGCACCUGCCCAAGGUGCAGAUGCCCAGCUUCAAGAUACCCAAAGUGGACCUCAAGGGCCCCCAGGUGGACGUCAAGGGCCCAAAGCUGGACCUGAAAGGCCCCAAGGUGGAGGUGACGGCCCCUGAUGUGGAGGUGUCUCUGCCCAGCGUGGAGGUGGACGUUCAGACCCCGGGCGCCAAGCUGGACGGCAUGCAGCUGGAGGGGGACCUAUCCUUGGCUGACAAGGACAUGGCUGUCGCCAAAGACAGCAAGUUCAAGAUGCCCAAGUUCAAGAUACCAUCAUUAAGAACGUCGGCCCCAGGCAAGUCCUUUGAGGCCUCGGUUGAUGUGUCUGCACCGAAAGUGGAGGCCGAGGUGAGCCUCCCUUCCAUGCAGGGGGAUCUCAAUACCACUGACCUCAGCAUUCAGCCCCCUACUGCCAACCUGGCGGUCCAGGCUGGCCAGGUGGACGUAAAGCUUCCGGAGGGCCAUGUGCCCGAGGGAGCCCAACUCAAAGGGCACCUGCCCAAGGUGCAGAUGCCCAGCUUCAAGGUGCCCAAGGUGGACCUCAAGGGCCCCCAGGUGGACAUCAAGGGUCCCAAGGCGCAGGUGACAGCCCCUGAUGUGGAGGUGCCUCUGCCCAGCGUGGACGUGGACGUCCAGGCCCCGGGAGCCAAGUGGGACGGUGCUCAGCUGGAGGGGGACCUAUCCCUGGCCGACAAAGACGUGGCUGCUGCCAAAGACAGCAAGUUCAAGAUGCCUAAGUUCAAGAUGCCAUCAUUCGGGGUGUCAGCCCCAGGCAAGUCCAUCGAGGCCUCAGUUGAUGUGUCUGCGCCGAAGGUGGAGGCCGAGGUGAGCCUCCCCUCCAUGCAGUGGGACCUCAAGAGCACUGACCUCAGCAUUCAGCCCCCUACUGCCAACCUGGAAGCCCAGGCUGGCAAGGUGGAUGUGAAACUCCCAGAGAGCCACAUGCCCGAGGGAGCCAGCCUCAAAGGACAUCUGCCCAAGGUACAGAUGCCCAGCUUGAAGAUGCCCAAAGUGGACCUCAAGGGCCCCCAGGUGGAUGUCAAGGGCCCCAAGGUGGACCUGAAAGACCUCAAGGCAGGGGUGAUGCCGCCUGAUGUGGAGCUGUCUGUACCCAGCAUGGAGGUGGACGUUCAGGCCCCGGGAGCCAAGCUGGAUGGCGCACGGCUAAAGGGGGACCUGUCCCUGGCUGACAACGAUGUGGCAGCCGCCAAAGACAGCAAGUUCAAGAUGCCCAAGUUCAAAAUGCCAUCGUUUGGGGUGUCAGCGCCAGGCAAGUCCAUCGAGGCCUCUGUGGAUGUCUCUGCACAGAAGGUGGAGGCUGAGGUGAGCCUCCCCUCCAUGCUGGGGGACCUGAAGACCAGUGACCUUAGCAUGCAGCUUCCUUCCGCAGACCUGGAGGUCCAGGCUGGAAAGUUGGAUGUGAAGCUCCCGGAGGGCCACGUGUCCGAGGGAGCUGGACUCAAGGGGCACCUGCCGAAGGUACAGAUGCCCAGCUUCAAGAUGCCCAAAGUGGACCUAAAGGGCCCUGAGGUGGACAUCAAGGGCCCCAAACUGGAUGUGAAAGGCCCCAAGGCGGAGGUGACAGCCCCCGAUGUGGAGUUGCCUCUGCCCAGUGUUGAGGUGGACGUCCAGGCCCCGGGAGUCAAGCUGGAUGGUGUGCAGCUGGAGGGGGACCUGUCCCUGGCUGAAAAGGACGUGGCUGCCACCAGAGACAGCAAGUUCAAGAUGCCCAAGCUCAAGAUGCCAUCAUUCGGAGUGUCGGCCCCAGGCAAGUCCAUGGAGGCCUCUGUUGAUGUCUCUGCACCAAAGGUGGUGGCCGAGGUGAGCCUCCCCUCCAUGCCGGGAGACCUGAAGACCACUGACCUUAGCAUGCAGCUUCCUUCCGCCGACCUGGAGGUCCAGGCUGGCCAGAUGGACGUAAAGCUCCUGGAGGGCCACGUGCCCCAGGGAGCCAAAUUCAAAGGGCACCUGCCCAAGGUGCAGAUGCCCAGCUUCAAGAUGCCCAAAGUGGACGUCAAGGGCCACAAGCUGGACCUGAAAGGCUCCAAGGCAGAAAUGAUGGUCCCCACUGCCCCUGAUGUAGAGGUGUCUCUGCCCAGCAUGGAGGUGAAAAUCCAGGCCCCGGGAGACAAGGUAGAUAGCGUGCGGCUGGAGGGGGACUUGUCUCUAGCUGACAAGGAUGUGGCUGCUGCCAAAGACAGCAAGUUCAAGAUGCCGAAGUUCAAGAUGCCCAAAGUGGAUCUCAAGGGCCCCCAGGUGGACGUCAAGGACCCCAAGCUGGACCUGAAAGGCCCCAAGGUGGAGGUGAUGGUCCCUGAUGUGGAGGUGUCUGUGCCCAGCAUGGAGGUGGACGUUCAGGCCCAGGGAGCCAAGCUGGAUGGUGCACGGCUAAAGGGGGACCUGUCCCUGGCCAACAAGGACCUAGCCACCACCAAAGACAGCAAGUUCAAGAUGCCCAAGUUCAAGAUGCCAUCAUUUGGGGUGGGUGCCCCAGGCAAGUCCAUCGAGGCAUCGGUGGACAUGUCUGCGCCAAAGGUGGAGGCCGAGGCGAGCCUCCCCUCCAUGCAGGGAGACCUCAAGACCACCGACCUCAGCUUUGAGACUCCUUCGGCUGACUUGGAGGUCCAGGCUGGCCAGGUGGACUUGAAGGUCACAGAGGGCCAUGUGCCCGAGGGUGCCGGCCUGAAAGGGCACCUGCCCAAGAUGCAGCUUCCCAGCUUCAAGAUGCCCAGAGUGGACCUUAAGGGCCCCCAGGUGGACAUCAAGGGCCCCAAACUGGACCUGAAAGGUCCCAAGGUGGAGAUGAUGGCCCCCGAUGUGGAGGUGUCUCUGCCCAGUGUGGAUGUGGAUGUCCAAGCCCCAGGAGUCAAGCUGGAUGGUGUGAAGCUGGAGGGGGACCUGUCCCUGGCUGAAAAGGACGUGGCUGCUACCAGAGACAGCAAGUUCAAGAUGCCCAAGCUCAAGAUGCCAUCAUUAGGAGUGUCGGUCCCAGGCAAGUCCAUGGAGGCCUCUGUUGAUGUCUCUGCACCGAAGGUGGAGGCCGAGGUGAGCCUCCCCUCCAUGCCAGGAGACCUGAAGACCACUGACCUUAGCAUGCAGCUUCCUUCUGCCGACCUGGAGGUCCAGGCUGGCCAGAUGGACGUGAAGCUCCUGGAGGGCCACGUGCCCGAGGGAGCCGAACUCAAAGGGCACCUGCUCAAGGUGCAGAUGCCCAGCUUCAAGAUGCCCAAAGUGGAUUUCAAGGGCUCCCAGGUGGACGUCAAGGGCCCCAAGCUGGACCUGAAAGGCUCCAAGGCGGAAGUGACGGUCCCCACUGCUCCCGAUGUGGAUGUGUCUCUGCCCAGCAUGGAGGUGAAAAUCCAGGCCCCGGGAGACAAGGUAGAUAGCGUGCGGCUGGAUGGGGACUUGUCUCUAGCCGACAAGGAUAUGGCCGCCACCAAAGACAGCAAGUUCAAGAUGCCCAAGUUCAAGAUGCCCAAAGUGGACCUCAAGGGCCCCCAGGUGGACGUCAAGGACCCCAAGCUGGACCUGAAAGGCCCCAAGGUGGAGGUGAUGGCCCCUGAUGUGGAGGUGUCUGUGCCCAGCAUGGAGGUGGACGUUCAGGCCCAGGGAGCCAAGCUGGAUAGCGCACGGCUAAAGGGGGACCUGUCCCUGGCCAACAAGGACCUAGCCACCACCAAAGACAGCAAGUUCAAGAUGCCCAAGUUCAAGAUGCCAUCAUUCGGGGUGGGUGCCCCAGGCAAGUCCAUUGAGGCAUCGGUGGACAUGUCUGCACCAAAGGUGGAGGCCGAGGCGAGCCUCCCCUCCAUGCAGGGGGACCUCAAGACCACUGACCUCAGCAUUCAGGCCCCUUCAGCUGACUUGCAGGUCCAGGCUGGCCAGGUGGACUUGAAGGUCACAGAGGGCCAUGUGCCCGAGGGUGCCGGCCUGAAAGGGCACCUGCCCAAGAUGCAGCUUCCCGGCUUCAAGAUGCCCAGAGUGGACCUCAAGGGCCCCCAGGUGGACAUCAAGGGCCCCAAACUGGACCUGAAAGGUCCCAAGGUGGAGGUGACGGCCCCCGAUGUGGAGGUGUCUCUGCCCAGUGUGGAUGUGGAUGUCCAGGCCCCGGGAGUCAAGCUGGAUGGCGCGCAGCUGGAGGGGGACCUGUCCCUGGCUGACAAGGACGUGACCAUCGCCAAAGACAGCAAGUUCAAGAUGCCCAAGUUCAAGAUGCCAUCAUUCGGGGUGGCUGCCCCAGGGAAGUCCAUCGAGGCAUCAGUGGACGUGUCUGCACCAAAGGUGGAGGCCGAAGUGAACCUCCCCUCCAUGCAGGGAAACCUCAAGACCACUGACCUCAGCAUUCAGGCCCCUUCUGCUGACGUGGAGGUCCAGGCUGGCCAGGUGGACUUCAAGCUCACAGAGGGCUACGUGCCCAAGGGACCUGGUCUCAAAGGGCACCUGCCAAAAGUGCAAAUGCCCAGCUUCAAGAUGCCCAAAGUGGACCUCAAGGGCCCCCAGGUGGAUGUCAAGGGCCCCAAACUGGACGUGAAAGGCCCCAAGGCAGAGGUGAUGGCCCCUGACAUAGCGGCGUCUCUGCCCAGUGUGGAUGUGGACAUCCAGGCCCCGGGACCUAAGCUGGAUGGCACGCAACUGGAGGGGGAUGUAUCCCUGGCUGACAAGGACAUGGCCAUCGCCAAAGACAGCAAGUUCAAGAUGCCCAAGUUCCAGAUGCCAUCAUUCGGGGUGUCAGCCCCAAGCAAGUCCAUUGAGGCAUCGGUGGACGUGUCUGCGCCAAAGGUGGAGGCCGAAGUGAGCCUCCCCUCCAUGCAGGGGGACCUCAAGACCCCUGACCUCAGCAUUCAGACCCCUUCCACCGACGUGGAGGUCCAGGCUGGCCAGGUGGACUUGAAGCUCAUGGAGGGCCACAUGCCCGAGGGACCUGGCCUCAAAGGGCACCUGCCCAAGGUGCAGAUGCCCAGCUUCAAGAUGCCCAAAGUGGACCUCAAGGGCCCCCAGGUGGAUGUCAAGGGCCCCAAGCUGGACCUGAAAAGCCCCCAAGCACAAGUGAUGGACCCCACUGCCCCCGAUGUGGAUGUGUCUCUGCCCAGCAUGGAGGUGAAGAUUCAGGCCCCGGGAGACAAGGUAGAUAGCGUGCGGCUGGAGGGGGACUUGUCUCUAGCCGACAAGGAUAUGGCCGCCACCAAAGACAGCAAGUUCAAGAUGCCCAAGUUCAAGAUGCCCAAAGUGGACCUCAAGGGCCCCCAGGUGGACAUCAAGGACCCCAAGCUGGACCUGAAAGGCCCCAAGAUGGAGGGGACGGCCCCUGAUGUGGAGGUGUCUGUGCCCAGCAAGGAGGUGGACGUUCAGGCCCAGGGAGCCAAGCUGGAUGGUGCACGGCUAAAGGGGGACCUGUCCCUGGCCAACAAGGACCUAGCCACCACCAAAGACAGCAAGUUCAAGAUGCCCAAGUUCAAGAUGCCAUCAUUUGGGGUGGGUGCCCCAGGGAAGUCCAUCGAGGCAUCAGUGGACAUGUCUGCGCCGAAGGUGGAAGCCGAGGUGAGCCUCCCUUCCAUGCAGAGCGACCUCAAGACCACCGACCUCAGCAUUCAGACUCCUUCGGCCUACCUGGAGGGCCAGGCUGGCCAGGUGGACUUGAAGCUCACAGAGGGCCAUGUGCCCGAGGGACCUGGCCUCAAAGGGCACCUGCCAAAGGUGCAGAUGCCCAGCCUCAAGAUGCCCGAAGUGGACCUCAAGGGCCCCCAGGUGGACAUCAAGGGCCCCAAACUGGAUGUGAAGGGCCCCAAGGCAGAGGUGACAGCCCCUGAUGUAGAGGUGUCUCUGCCCAGUGUGGAUGUGGACGUCCAGGCCCCGGGACCCAAGCUGGACGGCACACAACUGGAGGGGGACCUAUCCCUGGCUGACAAGGACGUGGCUGCCGCCAAAGACAGCAAGUUUAAGAUGCCCAAGUUCAAGAUGCCAUCAUUUGGGGUGUCAGCCCCAAGCAAGUCCAUCGAGGCCUCGGUGGACAUGUCUGCGCUGAAGGUGGAGUCAGAGGUGAGCCUCCACUCCAUGCAGGGCAACCUUAAGACCACUGACCUCAGCAUUCAGCCUCCUUCCACCGACCUGGAGGUCCAGGCUGGCCAGGUGGACAUGAAGCUCCCGGAGUGCCACGUGCCUCAGGGAGCUGGCCUCAAAGGGCACCAGCCCAAGGUGCAGAUGCCUAGCCUGAAGACAACCAAAGUGGACCUCAAGGGCCCCCAGGUGGACAUCAAGGGCCCCAAGCCGGACCUCAAAGCCCCCAAGGCAGUGAUGACAGCCCCCGACGUGGAAGUGUCUCUGCCCAGCGUCGAGGUGGAUGCCCAGGCCCUGGGAGCCAAGCUGGAUGGUGCACGACUGGAAGGUGACCUGUACGUGGCCGACAAGGACGUGGCCGACAAGGACGUGGCCACCGCCAAAGACAGCAAGUUCAGGAUGCCCAAGUUCAAGAUGCCAUCGUUCAGGGUGUCAGCCCCAGGCAAGUCCAUUCAGGCCUCAGUGGAUGUGUCUGUGCCGAAGGCGGAGGCCAAGGUGGGCCUCCCCUCCAUGCAGGGGGACCUCAAGACCACUGACCUCAGCAUUCAGCCCCCUUCUGCCGACCUGGAGGUCCAGGCUGGCCAUAUGGACGUGAAGCUCCCAGAGGGCCACAUGUCUGAGGGAGCCGGCCUCAAAGGGCACCUGCCCGAGGUGCAAAUGCCCAGCUUCAAGAUGGCCAAAGGGGACCUCGAGGGCCCCCAGAUGGACAUCAAGGGCCCCAUGCUGGACCUGAAAGGCCCCAAGGCAGAGGUGACGGUACCUGACGUGGAAGUGUCUCUGCCCAGCAUGGAGGUGGAUGUCAAUGUCCCAGGAGCCAAGCUGGGUGGUUUUCAGCUUGCGGGCGACCGGUCCUUGGAUGAAAAGUAUGUGUCUGUAAAUGACAGGAAGUUUGAAGUCAUUUGUGAAGGUGAUCUUCAGGUUCCAUCACGCGAUGAUAAGUUUGGACUUGGUGUUGGAAUAGUUGGAGUAGAUUCUAAGUUUAAGAAUCUACAGUUUAUAGUGCCCAAAGUUUCAUUUUCUUCUGCAAAAACUGCUAAAGAUUGUUUAGUUCCAGGUGCGGAGUCUGAUAUAAGUCUCUCCACGAUUCCUGUGGCACCAUCUUCAGAUUCUUCACAGUUUGAAUUACACCAGGCUUCGGCUGAUUUACAGCCAUCCAUGCAGAUGCCUAAGGUUGGUUUGUCUGGAUUUUCAUCAUCUCAGCUUGAUCUCACUGGUCCCCACUUUGAAUCUUCUAUCCUUUCUCCCUGUGAGGGUGUCAUACUCACAAAAUACCAGGUGACUGUUCCCAGAGCUUCCUUGGCCCCUGAGCGUCCUCUGCAAAUUCCUUCUGGGUCUCAGGCUGAGAUUCGUCUUCCCAAAACAGAGUGUUCCACUGACCUGCAGCGUCCAGAGGGAGUUCAAACUUCUCAAACUGACAGUCAUUCUGAUACACUGAAUUCCAUGAUCCCUGCUUCUCAUGGUCAGGUGUCUUUUCCUAAAUUCUAUAAACCAAAAUUUGUGUUUUCAGACCCGCAAAUGGCAGUUCCUGAGGGAGACCUACCUCCAGCAGUGGGUGCCCCAGUCAUGUCUCCUCUUAGCCCUGGAGAGGGGCUACCGUUCCCCUUGCCAAGCACUCAGCUGCCAUCCCCAGGCAUCUCUGUGUCCCAGGGCCUGGAAGAGCUUGUGGACCCCCUGAAGACAGUAGUGGCUCCCGGAGGAGCCCCUGCUGAAGAUGCUGACCACGAAGGGAAGGGGAGUUCCUUCAAAAUGCCCAAGUUUAAGCUCCCAUCAUUUAGGUGGUCCCCAAAGAAGGAAGCAGGGCCAAAGGUGGACCCAGAAUGCAGUGUGGAGGACUCAAAACUCAGCCUGGUUUUAGACAAGGAUGAGGUGGCCCUCCAGCCCACCAUGCACAUGAAUCUGCCUCCAGAGAGGGAUGGAGAGAAGGGAAGCAGCAGCACAAAGCCUGGCUUUGCCACGCCAAAACUUGCACUUCCCAAAAUGAAGGCUUCUAAGGGUGGUGUCAGCCUGCCACAGAGAGACCUGGAUCCUUCUCGCUCUAGUGCCACAGCAGGGGGUAGCUUUCAAGUCACAGAAAAGGCCAGCAGUGAAGGUGGUGGAGGAGGACUUGGUUCAACAGCAGGCACCACAGAAGGUGAGGGUGUGAACCUCCAUUGGCCACAGGUCCGCAUUCCUAGUUUGGGCUUUGCCAAACCUGAUCUCAGAUCCUCCAAGACCAAGGUGGAGCUGAGCCAGUCUGAAGCUGACCUGCCUCUUCCCAAACAUAAUCUGUCUACUGAAGGUGACAGCAGAGGAUGUGGGCUUUGGGAUGUCCCAGCAAGCCAGCCUUGUGGGGAGGGGAUAGCCCCCACACCUGAAGACCCCCUCCGGCCAUCCUGUAGAAAACCAGAUGCUGAAGCCCACACAGUGGAAAGCCCAGAGGAGGAGGGCACGACCAGGGACAUGCAGGAAAUCUGGUUUAAAAUGCCCAAGUUCCACAUGCCCAGCCUCAAGCACUCUUCCAGGGACAGAGGUGGGGCUGGAAAGCUGGAAGUGGCUCAGACACAGGCACCAGCAGUAACAGGGGGUGAAGCAGCAGCUGGAGUCAAAGAGUUUCUUGUUUCUGGGUCAAACGUGGAGGCAAAUAUGUCCCUACAGCUCCCAGAAGCAGAGGCAGUAGUGACAGCUUCUGAGAACAAAUCAGCCACAGAGGUUCUAAAGUGUGAUCUUGACAGCACGGGCUUGAAGCUGCACCUCUCCACUGCUGGGAUGGCUGGGGAUGAGCUUCCCACUUCCGAGGUCAGGAUCCAUUCAACCAAAGGACCUCUCCCUUUUCAGAUGCCUGGCAUGAAGCUUCCAGAAACCCAGGUUCUUCUAGGAGAAAUGGAUGAGAUUUCUCUUUCCAAGCCAGGACAUGAUCUUGCUGGCAUGGAGGAGAAAACGGAGAAAUGGUCUUCCCUGCCUGAAGGCCCAGUUACACUGAAAGCUUCAAGUACUGAUGUGCCAUCCCAGAUUUCUGUGGUUAAUGUGGAUCAGCUGUGGGAAGAUUCUGUAUUAACUGUCAAAUUCCCCAAGUUAAAGGUACCACGGUUCUCCUUCCCUGCCCCCAGCUCAGAGGAUGAUGUGUUCAUCCCCACUGUGAGGGAAGUGCAGUGUCCAGAGGCCAAUAUGGACAUAGCCCUUUGUGAGGAAAGGCCGGGGCUCUGGGGAGCCAGCAUCCUGAAGGCAGGUGCUGCGGUCCCCAGGGAGCAGCCUGUGGACCUUAACCUGCCUUUGGAAGCUUCCCCAAUUUCAAAGGUCAGAGUGCAUAUUCAGGGUGCUCAUGUUGAAAGUCAAGAGGUCACCAUACACAGUACAGUGACACCAGAGUUUAUAGAUCUCUCAGCACCCAGGGGUUUUUCCACUCAGAUUGUACGGGAAUCAGAGAUCCCCGCGUCAGAGAUUCAAACACCUUCGUAUGGAUUUUCCUUGCUAAAGGUGAAAAUCCCAGAGGCCCCCAUGCAGGCUAGAGGGUACCCAACAGUGACUCAACACUCUAGGACUCAGGAGGGCUUGGAAGAGGCACCCACACAAGCUGCCCCCAGAGUAGACUCCAUUUCUGGAGAUCUCCAGCCUGACACUGGAGAACCAUUUGAGAUGAUCUCUUCCAGCAUCCAUGUACUGGGACAGCAAACACUCACAUCUGAAGUUCCUGCUGGCCACCAGCUUGCAGACAGCUGUUCAGAUGAGGAGCCAGCAGAAAUUCUUGAGUUUCCCCCUGAUGACAGCCAAGAAGCAACCACACCGCUGGCAGAUGAAGGCAGGGCUCCAACAGAGAAAACAGAAAGUAAAAAAUCUGGUCUACUUUGGUUUUGGCUUCCAAAUAUUGGGUUUUCCUCUUCUGUUGAUGAGACAAGUGUUGAUUCCAAAAAUGAAGUCCAGAGAACUGCUCCUAUUCAAACACAGCCUGAGGCACGACCAGAGGCUGAACUGCCUAAAAAACAGGAGAAGGCAGGCUGGUUCCGAUUUCCCAAAUUAGGGUUCUCCUCAUCUUCUACCAAGAAAAGCAAAAGCACUGAAGAUGAGGCAGAGCUGGAAGAACAAAAACUUCAAGAAGAAACAGUCACCUUUUUUGAUGCCCAAGAAAGUUUCUCCCCUGAAGAGAAAGAAGAGGGUGAACUAGUGGGGCCUGUGGACACCGGGCUGGCCUCCAGAGUGAUGGUGACAUCCGUGGCAAGAACAGAGGUAAUCCUGCUAGAGCAGGACAAAAAAGCUGAUGAUGAAGGCAAAGGCUCAGGCCUGUGACCAAAUGAAGGCUGAGAGGUGUGGCUCAUCAACACAAGAGAGAUGCAAAAAACGAAGCUGGAAAACAGAGGCUACACACACAUAUGGAGCACCCCAUAGGAGCACGUUAUGUCCACCUACCUUCACAGACUGAGAACAGAGCAGAAAUAACCAGAACACCUUUGACACCAUCACACAGCCCUCCUAAAAUGGAACCAAAGCUUUAGAGCUCCCUCAAAGCUUUGGAUACAAAGAAGGCACCCUGGCUUCUCACAAGACACCGGAAUUCACAUGGUACUCAGAGGCACUGCUGGGGAAGUUUGUUUGUCUUUAUUAGAUAAAUUUCAAGAGACCUGUCCAUAAUACCCAAAAGAACAUGACUGUUUCUUUGAGGAAAGGAUAGGAUGUCUGUGGCGUACAAGUAGCUUUUGGUAUAACUCCUUUCCUGCUGCUGCUGCUUCCUAGCAAACAUGGUUUUCCUAUUUCAGGCAGAGUGCGGUAUAUUCCAGGAAACACUGUUUCCUACUCACUUAUGUGCUUACUUCUUUGUUGAAUGCCUCACUAAUGGCAAGCUUCAAGACAUUUUGUGUGACAGUGCACACAUGCUGGGCAGAAGGGUGCUGGCCAGUGGCUGGCAGGUGGGCCAGCAGAAGCAAGGACAUCUGUGAGUUGUCAUUGUCAUCUAUCCACGUCCACUUGCCUGCCAGCAUCCGCCAGUGCCUUGCCAGCAUGCACGUCCCACACUGUGGCCCCUGAGCCCCCUAAUGUACAUGCUGCAGCCAGAAUGCAGAUGAAGCUGGCUUGGCUGUUCCCUGGAUGGGCAAUAAAGAAAGUGCUGCAUCCCA